GUCCGUCGCGUCGCCGAGAGAAGGAGAGAGAGAAACAGAUAAAAGCACAGGCCAGGAGAGAGCAGGAGAAACUACGUAGCCGUGACGACGAGGACCCUGUGGAGCAGCAGGGGAGGGGGCGUGUCCAGGAGGACACUCGCCGUCGCCAGGAGCAACUUUCGCCUCAACCCCUCCCGCCGACUCCCCACAGGCCCCUCCCACUCAACAGGCCACACCCUCGGCCGCAGCAGAACGCCAUGGACCAGCAGAGGGAGCUGGCGAGACGCCGCGAGCAGGAAAGGAGGAGGAGAGAGGUGAUGGCGGACACCAUUGACAUCAACUUCCAGAGCGACUUGAUGGUCAUCUUUGAAGAGAACCUUUUCUGAGAGAGAGAUUGAGAAAGGAGGAGAGGGAGAGAAAGAGAUAUGAACUCUACCUUAUCCCACCAUGGCUGGGAUUUCACACACAACACCCUCCCUCCCUCUGAUUAGAGACCCCAGACCAGGAUGUGAGCUCCAGAGACUUGAAGGAGACUGAGGUGAGGUACAGUAAUAAGGAGUAGCCCUCCCUCCCUCCCUCUGAUUAGAGACCCCAGACCAGG